AGUUAACUUCUGCUUUGCAACCUUUCGAGACUCAUUUUUUAUUCGAAUCUGAAGGCAGGUGACACGCGCCUAUUUCGGUUAUGCAGCGUUUCACUUUAACAUUGCUGCUUUCCCUCGCCCUAAACGGAACAAUUACAAGCCAGGCACUGGUGAUAAGUCCAAGCAGGAUCAGGAACAAUAAAGACAACCGAGAAGGGCGAAAGGGGACGUCUUCUUUUCCUGUACCGCAGCACAAUCGCACCAAUGACGCUCUGAGGGCUCUUAGUCGAAACAUAACUUCACUUUUGGAAAAUCUCCUCAAAGAUUAUGAUUCCAAUCAUCAUCCAGGCUAUGAUUCAGGCUCACCGACUGUGGUCAAAAGCAAUAUUUUGGUUAGAUCUAUGGGUCCCUUCUCUGAACAUCGAAUGGAUUACUCGAUGGACUGUUAUUUUAGACAGUCAUGGCAGGACCGACGCUUGAGCUUCAAUGGUCCAAUCGAAACACUUAGUUUGAGUAUCAAAAUGCUCGAAGGGAUUUGGAAGCCUGACACUUUUAUUUACAACGGCAAAAAAUCUUACCUCCACACGAUUACGACACCCAACAAAUUGCUCCGCAUCAACAAGGACGGCAGCAUCCUUUAUUCUGUCAGAUUGACCAUCAAAGCCAAAUGUUCUAUGGACUUGAGAGAAUUUCCAAUGGAUCAUCAAUCCUGUCCACUCAUCCUAGGAAGCUACAGUUACACCAAAGAUGACGUGAUUUACGUUUGGGAUGAAGACCAAGGUGUCAAGUUCUUGGGAGACGUGGAACUUUCACAGUUUGACUUGAUCUCGAGCCCUUAUCGUAAUGCGAGCAUCUCGCGCAAAAGAGACUUCUAUUCCGUGCUGCAAGUCAGUUUCAAUUUGCGCCGAAAGCAAGGAUAUUUUUUGAUCCAGGUCUACGUGCCUUGCAUUUUAAUCGUCGUUCUAUCUUGGGUCUCCUUCUGGCUCAACCGUGAAGCCACCAGCGAUAGGAUCAGUCUAGGAAUCACAACUGUUCUAACGUUAAGCACGCUGGCCAUGGACACACGGACGGAUUUACCCAAGGUGCAUUACGCCACGGCGCUGGAUUGGUUCAUUUUCAUCACAUUUGGCUAUUGUAUGGCCAGCAUCAUCCAGUUUGCAUCAGUUCACUAUUUUACAAAGAUUGGCAGCGGAGAGAAUUAUCAGACGCAGGAGAUUUCGGUCUUGCAUCGCAGACUAAUGGAAAUCAAAAGAAGCUCUAGCUGUGAACCUGACGAUGGUAGGAUAAUGACGACCGACUUUACCGAUUGGGAAAAGCUCGGGGCUGAACUGCCUCAAAUGUGUAGCGCUGCCCCCGUUCCAUCCAUUCCUCCUGUUCCUCCGUCCACUCCUUCCGGCAAUGACGAAGAGACUAACGUGCAUGCGAUUCUCGAGGAAAUCAAACUUAGCAUUGAAAUUUCUGAUGAAGACGACGAGGACGGCGGAGCAACUAACAGGACAACAAAAAUGCGCACCAAUCGACGUCAUCAUGACAAUUCGUCUUGCAUGAAACAAUUGUAUUACUGCCUCAUUGCCAAUCAGUCUUUCCGAGCGAAACGGAAACGCCGGGCACUGGCUAAAGGGAACAUCAUCAAUUCAGUCAGCAAGAUCGACUCCAUCUCGCGCAUUCUUUUCCCGGUGACCUUUUCGAUCAUCAACGUUAUUUACUGGUGGGGAUACAUCGCGCAGAACAACGAUUUCACAUGGAAACAGCUGGACAAUUCGAAAUUCUAUUAAAAAGUAAAUAAAGAUAAAAAAAAAAAAAAGUUUGACCUAAAAUUGACCUUCUUCGACAAAAGAAAAAAGA